AGCAGAAAUAGCAUUUGGCUCCUUCAAAGUCUAUAAACUACUCUACUCUCUUUGCUCCAUGCUCUUGAAAUAACUGCCACCACCACGCUGAUAGAAAAAGAAAGCCUUUUCUUUCUCUUUCAGCUCCAUAAAACCUUGUCUUUCUCUACUCUCAACCUUUGAACAACAACACAUGGAGCUUGCUUUGAGCUUAGGGGAAGCACCUAAGUCCUUCAAUUUGCUUGACAACACUUCCAAACUACCUAACAACAAGGAUCCAGUGGGUUUCUGCAUAGCACUUGGUGCUGCUGCUUCCUCCGCCGGAAAAUCCUCCGAGGAAGAGAGAAGAGGAUCCUCAGAUCCGCCAGUUCAGCUCGACCUUCUCCCUUCAACGCCGGUUCUUCGCUCCCAACAUCCAUCUUCACACCUUCGAAUUCCAUGGCUCAACGAUGCACUGGUGCGGCGGCGAUGAUGAGGAGCAGGAGAGACGUGGAAGGUGGUGAGGGCAACGACAGAGGCACCAGCGACGACGACGAGAACGGAUCCACCAGGAAGAAGCUCAGGCUCUCUAAGGAACAAUCUGCGUUUCUUGAAGAGAGCUUCAAAGAACACACCACCCUUAAUCCUAAGCAGAAACUGGCUCUUGCGAAACAGUUAAACCUUCGUCCCCGUCAAGUUGAAGUUUGGUUUCAGAACAGAAGAGCAAGGACCAAGUUGAAGCAAACGGAGGUGGAUUGCGAGUACUUGAAGAGGUGCUGUGACACCUUAACGGAAGAGAAUCGGAGGUUGCAGAAGGAGCUUCAAGAGCUGAGGGCAUUAAAGACUUCUCAACCCUUCUACAUGCAGCUUCCGGCCACCACUCUCACAAUGUGUCCUUCUUGUGAAAGGGUCGCCACCAACACCGCCGCUAAUAACAAUGACGCUUCUCAGAUUGCUUCCGCUUUGUCUCUUAGUAACAAGCCCAGAAUCUUGCCAUUUCCUAAUACUCAGGCCCAUCCUCCUCCGGCCCAAAAGGCCCAUCAAUGAUCAUCAUCAUCAUCGUUCGCGACCCUUUUUCGUCUUUUCGCUUAGCUAAUUCCUCCCCCUCAUUUUCCAUUUGUAUAUAGUUUUCCCUUUUUGUGUUGAACUUUAGACCUUAUCUUUUAUUAUUCCAUUCUUUUUUUUUUUGUUUUUGUUUGAUAGCUACUCUGGAUUAUAUUAAAAGAACAUGAUGAUCCUUUUUGUCGAGAUCACUGAGGGAUGGAGUAGCACAGAUUUUGUAAGCCAAAUGUGGAAUGAAACCCUUGUUUUUCAUCA